AUUUUUAGUACAGUGAAACUAUUUUAAAUUGUUUCAUGCUCAAGUUUCUAUUAUAAAGCAUUCAAAUUGAUUCUACUGGUGGAGAUAUUAAAGAACAAAAGAGACCAGUUAUCAAAAUUAAGUUGAAAGUAUCCAAGUCUUUUUGGAACAAAAAUGCCUAAGAAUAAACAAGAAGAAUUUAUAGUAAACAAAGAAGUGGUUACUUACACAGAAGUGAAAUUCUCCAACUCUCAACAGAAGCAAAGAAUAUCCAAGACAGUCCCUAGUCCUGUAAUAACAACUGAACAGCAGAUAAACUAUGUGGAACUGAAAUUCAGUAGAACAUCUCACCACAAACUCAGAAAAUGCCUUUCUAGAGAAAACAGAAAAGAAACCCAUUCUACAGCAUGGGGAGAGAUAACUGGUAUCCUAGUUGUCUUGUGUGUGGUAUUGAUGACAACAGUCAGUCUCUUGCUUGCAAAUUUAUUUUCUAGACAAGAAGAGCAAAGCAGAAACAACUCAUUUCUUCCUUCCGUAUCUCCUAAAAAUGAUGAAUCUUCCUGUUAUAUUUCUUCACACAACUGGAUUGGGUUUGGAAAUAGUUACUAUCAUGUUUCCCAUGAAACCAAAACCUGGGAGGAAAGCAGAAACUUGUGCAUGGAGCUGAAUUCCCAUCUUGUGAAGAUAGAAACUGAAGAAGAGCUGGAAAUCUUAUCAAUGUUUGAAAUGCUAGGAUGGAUAUUUAUCAAAUGGAACAAAACUGAUGGAUCCUGGUUAUGGGAAGAUAGUACCCAAGUGCAGAAAAGCCUACAAAAAUAUUCCAAGAAGAACCAUGGUUGUCUUUUUGUGGAUGGAAUUUAUAUUUAUCCUGCAAACUGUUCAUCAAGGAAAUAUUUUAUCUGUGAGCUUCAAAUAUAGCAACAUCUGUUUUACUAACAUGUUAUUGUUAUUAAA